GCUUGCAAACGAAGCUCUGCAGACGGGAGAGGGCAACUUGAAGCACGACAAGUAACUAUCCCCAAACCUCAAGCACCAUAUCACUACGGCAGUAAAGAGAGACGCUCCUUCUGCUCCGGCGUCAGCAUAGCGGCGGCAACGUCGGAGCGUAGAGGCGAGGAACCAAACUGUCCUUCCAGACUACGUUUCCCAGGACACCCUGCGUGAUGAGCUGGAAGUAGGUGAAGGAACCAUUCCGGGUCACUAUACAAUGGCUGCGCUUGGAGUAUCGGCGUGCCUCCUGGGCGGGAGGAGCACUGCGGCUUCUCUGAUUUUGAGGUGUCCGCAUGGACGCAGAAGCGCAUGGGGAUGGCGGGGGCUUUGCCACGGCCCGGAGCAGGUCCAUGGUAUGCACAAAGCUGUCCUUCAGUACCACAAGGAGAAGAAAUCUGGCAUUCCAAAGCCUUGCUUUAUGGAUGAAAAAGUUCAGAACUUGCUCUGCCAGAUGACAGGACUGAAUUUGCAGAAGGUUUUUAAACCGAUAAAACAGGAACUUAAACCACCAACGUACAAGCUUAUGACAGAAUUGCAGCUGGAGGAGGCUACGCAAGCUGCUGUUGAGAAGGCUAAAGAGAGGCUCAAAAUGCCUCCUGUAUUGAGUGAGCGGGAACCAAUCAAUGAUGUGUUAGCAGAAGACAAGAUUCUGGAUGGGAUUGAACCUUAUAAAUAUGUAUUUACUGACAUAACAUACAGUACCCCACACCGUGAGCGCUUCAUUGUUGUUCGAGAAACAAAUGGAACAUUGCGCAAGGCCACUUGGGAGGAACGGGACAGAAUGAUACAAAUCUACUUCCCAAGAGAAGGGCGUAAAAUUAUUCCUCCUCCUGUAUUUAAAGAUGAAAACCUUAAGACUGUGUUUCUUCAGGACCGCCAUGAAGAUCUCCUUAAUCACUGCCUUGUACAGUUCGAGCCAGAUUCAUCAGACUAUAUCAGAGUUCAUCACCAGACAUACGAUGAUAUUGAUAAACAAGGAAAAUAUGAUGUGUUGCGUUCAACAAGACACUUUGGAGGGAUGGUGUGGUACCUUGUAAAUAGAAAGAUGAUAGAUGGAUUGCUUAUAGACAUGAUUCAAAGAGAUUUGCUCGAGGAUGCUGUAAGUUUAGUCACCCUGUAUCACAUUCUCCAUCCUGAUUGCCAAUCAGCAAGAGAAGCACAGGACCAAGAUAUUCAAGGACUAGAUUUAAUUAAGACUUUUAUGAAGACAGAAACAAAGAGAGCUGGAUACAUUGAACUUGCACUUCAGGCUUAUCAAGCAACUUUGCCUAGGUCUGCAGCUUCGUAAAGAAUUGAUCGAUCUAUUUAAUAUGUCUGUGUGUGGGAGGCUGGGGUAAAAUGUACAUAGAACUUGAAAUAAAAAUUUGUUUUGCUAUGCUGCAUUACUUGCCUUUCCUAAAGCACAGUUAGCCUGUUAGAGAAUUUGUGAAAUAAAGGUUUCUGUUAACCAAG